AGGGCUGUAACAUAAAGGACUUCGCCUGAAGGAAGCAUCAAUCGAGGGUUUCGAUCUGCCCUGAGAACUACAUAAAGGUUUCGCCUUAGAAUAAUCUACACUUCAUUGUUACAAAUUGUCGAGCAUUAAACAAGAUGCCUUGUCACGAAUCAAAUUUUGUCGAUCCUAGGACGACGUUGGAAUCGAAGUUCAACGACAUCAAAGUUUUAGGCAGUAGUUGUACUGGCUGUGUUUUGUCGGCAGUUGAGAAAAGUGGAAAACAACAGAGAUACGCACUGAAAAGACUUUCCUUAAAACGAAGAUCGCACUGUCGUGUCGCAUUAAGGGAACUUAGGAUUCUGAAACGACUUCGACAUGAAAAUGUUGUGAAAACCUCAAGUAUAAGAGCACCGAACGGAAGCGAUAUUUCUGAACUCGACGCAGAUACUUUUCAAAAGUUGGACUACGUGUAUCUAGCGGAAGAGCUUAUGGACACAGACAUGUACAAUAUCCUCAAUAAAGUUGGAAAAAUCGAAGAAAAGAUUGCGAAACUCUUUCUCUAUCAGCUUCUCAGGGCCGUGAAAUACAUCCAUUCGGCCAAUGUAAUUCACAGAGACAUCAAACCCGGCAAUCUGUUCGUUAACGCCAAUGAUUUGAGCAUGAAGGUGGGUGACUUCGGCCUAGCCAGGAUAGUUGACCCAAAGUUUGAUCAUGCUGGACAGUUAACUGAACUUGUUGCUACAAGAUAUUACAGAUCUCCAGAAGUGAUUUUGGCUCCGGGGAACUACGAUGCUGCUAUUGAUAUCUGGAGCACUGGAUGUGUAUUUGCCGAAAUGUGCACAGGGAGCGUCUUAUUUCCUGGGGAAAACGACUUACAACAAAUCGAUUGUAUUCAGUCUUGGUUCAACAGAGGCAAAUUUCUCACCCAUAAACUUUCAGGAAUCAGUCAAGCUGGCCUUGACAUACUUCAGAAAAUGUUGCGGCUAGAUCCGUCAAAAAGACAAACUGCGUCACAACUGUUAGAGGAUCCCUACUUUGGUGACAUCAGCGAUAUAAUUGAUGAACCAGCGUGUCCACAACCUGAUGUUUUCCGGAUCGAACACGAAGUUGAUGAUUUGCCGGUCCAGACUCUCAAAAGCAUGCUCCUGACCGAAUGUUGCCCCGACAAGUUCAGCACCCAGGCCAUGAACAAAGAACUGUUCAAUGGAUUUGAUGAGGACUUUCAAUUUGACGAUGAGAGCACAAAAGUGGCUCCUGAAAGAAAUGACUCUUACUCAUUUUCUUCAACUGACAACUCGUGUCCAUCUCUUCUUAACAUCCUCAGUUCUAGUUUCGUGGACGAACCCUACCGUGAUCCGGCCUGUUCAGAAGCAAGGUCACUAGAAGACAGCUUCAGGUGCGAUUCGCUCCAGUCAGAAUGCACGACAUCAGGGCACUGUAGUCCUAAUUUCCCCAAAGUCACAUCCUUUCUUGAUACUGGAAGAAAUGUUGUUUCGCCGGUUGCAGAUUCACGGAGGCCGGUCGAAUCGAGACUCCCUGGCAGGAACUUUCAGGCGAUACCGCGGAGUUUUUUAUGCUCCACAGAACUUGAAAACCAAUUGAUAAACAUUAUCAAAGAACAAACUGCUGUUUCAUCGCAUAGAAACUGCAGAAUGUCGCAAUUUACAGGCUCAGAAUGUCUGAAAACCGAUAAACUGAACAGGAACUUCAACCAUUGGGAUGCUAUCCGCAUUUGGAUCUAGUGCUUUAAAGACUAUUUAAAUUAGGCAAAUUUUUAGAAUCUUCAUUGGAAGUUUUGCAUUGCGUCAUUAUUUUCAAAGUAUAACUUAGAGUGUUACUUAAGGUAAUGUACUGUGUUUAGGAACUACAUUUAAGCUUGCGCCGCAUGGUAAAUUAAAAUGCUAAAGUGAAACUGAUUGUUUUCUUAUUCCUUUUGUAUUUAUUUAUUAUCAAAAUUGAUAUUGUGGAUAUUAGAUAUUAUUAUAUACAAAGUUUUCUUGGCUUAGAGAUUUUCAAACGUUGUUUUCAUAAAGGAAUAUUGUAUGAUCAUUAAUGCUAAAUUAUUGUUGCUGUUACUAUAAUCAUUGUUAUUAUUAUCUUUGUUAAUAACAUUGUUAUUAUACCAUAUUAGUUAAUGUAAAUAUUACUCAUAUACAAAUUUUACCCCAGUAAAGUUUUGGAGUUUUGUAUUAUUUGCGAAGAUAUUGUAAAGAUCCUUAGUUGUCACCAUGUGGUUCAAGGUCAUUAAUUUAAUAUUGCUUAUGUCUUUCAUGUGAUUUCAAAUAGCAACAAAGCAUUUCUUAACCUCCCCAGGUAAAGAUCUUUCAUUUCAUGUUAACAGAAGCAAAUUAAUUUUGCCAUUGUCUGCCUAGAAACCCUUCUAUUCAUAGGAAAUGCUUUGUUGUUGCUUUAGACACCUAUCCUAGAUUCACUCAGGGUAGCAGCCUGACUGAAGAAUCAGUUAAUGAUUUUUGUUAAUAAUAUGGAGAAUUUAUCGUGUUUGCAGAUGUUUUGAGAAA